CGACUGUAACACUUUGGUUUCCGUGCKUUCGUUCUUCUUGGAUUAUACAACCAAGAAGACACUGAUUGGCAUAGUUCGCAAUUGGGAUAGUUACUAACACGAGACCUAAAGCUCAAGCAGUGACGUUCGAACGUGAGGCUGUCUCUACGAAAGACAGAAUACAAUUCCACAAAGCGCAUUUUCAUYAAAAUAAUAAUAGUCCAARCAGAUAGGCAGGAAACGRCAAAGCAAGAAAUUCCAUCAUGAGAAUCUGUUUCCACUCGAAGUACCUCCUCGUCGCAGCAGCGGCAUUUUCGCCCUUGGCCGUUCAUUCCUUCCGAUCCGCCGGCAACAGUGGCAUUCUCCGCGCUUCCCCCAACACACGAGCUACAUUUCCCCUCGGCGUGUCCACCUCCCCUGAMGGUGGGGAACCAGAAAUCACAGAUAUGACAGCGGCCUCACCACAGYCCUCCCUGUCGACCCCGGCGGAAAUAGAGCCCGUGCAGGUUCCCGGGACCAUGCCGAGCGUUUCGAAAUCCGCCGCGACUCCUCCCGCCAGAACCAUGGACGAGGGGAUCUUUGGCUUCAACAAGCUCCUCAUCGAUACGGUCUAUGAUGUUAUUUGUUUCCUCUACCCCGUKAAGGGAACCGAGCGCGAUUUUGCACGCUUCUACGUCCUAGAAACGGUCGCACGGGUGCCMUACUUCGCCUAUCUCAGCGUAAUGCACCUGCGGGAAACCUUUGGAGAGCGSUACGGAAGCAUGUCCGAAAGGUGCGUAUACUAGAUUACCUAUAUACCUCAUAAGUCUUUGAACUACAUUGGAUAGCAGGGCUUUUUUUAACUUUCGAAUCUUACCAAUCAUCGAUUUGAUUGCAAUCCUUCCUAACCCAAAAUAUAUCCCAUUUUGACUCUCGAUCCGAUACAUCCAAUUUAAAGAAUGCGAACCCACUACGCCGAGGCAGACAACGAACUCCAUCAUUUGCUAAUCAUGGAGAGCCUGGGAGGCAAUUCCAACAUCAUUGACCGGACCCUCGCGCAGACAAUGGCCUUUUUCUAUUACUGGUACGUCAUUGCAAUCUAUGUCUGGAACGAACCCGCCGCCUACCACCUGUCGGAACUGAUCGAAGACCACGCCUUCAAYACCUACACCAAAUUUACGGCCGAGUACGGCGACCGCCUCAAGAACGAACCGGUCCCGGACAUUGCCCGAAAGUACUACGAAAGGGACAACCCCUUUCUCUUUGAUUUGUUCUGCACCGUUAAGUCCAAGACGGAAGACGGUGUCUACAGCGAGCGGCGCCCACAGCUCUCCAGCCUCUACGAUGUCUUUGUMAACAUUCGAGAUGACGAAAAGGAGCAUUGGAAGACUCUGUGCAACCUCGUCCAAUACGACGACAUGAAUGCGGUAGAUGCCACUGAGGUCCAGUCCACAGCCCCCUCUCCCUCYGCCGAGGCCCUGUCGUAGGAAAUAAACAWGAUGAUUAUCAGCCUUUCCUGUUUUGCCACAGCAAAGACAAUCCUUUCUGAGGAACCAGAAAAAAGACAAAAAAGGAAGGAACCCAAUCACUCGAUCUUGCCCAUAGAAAGAAACAAACGGCGAUGAAACUAGCAUCCACCAUCGAUUGAUUGAUUAUUCUGAAUACAAACCGUACUGCUCGCAUGCAAUAGACUAAAACUGUAAAGAACAU